UCCUAGAACCUUCUACUCUCAUCCAGAACCCCAUAUUUGCAUCUCUUUUUCUUUUCUGUUAAAGCAGCCACACUCUCCAUCUUCUUCCUCGCACCUGAGCUCAAAAACCCUAAUUCUUCGAGCACACUCUAAUGGCGAAGCGCUUAAUUCCAUCCCUCAAUCGUGUCCUGAUUGAGAAAAUUCUUCCUCCUUCCAAAACUUCUGCCGGUAUUCUUCUCCCCGAGAGCUCCACCAAGUUGAACUCCGGCAAGGUGAUUGCGGUGGGUCCUGGUGCACGGGAUAAUAGCGGGAAUCUGAUUCCAGUCUGUGUGAAAGAAGGUGAUACCGUUCUUUUGCCUGAAUAUGGAGGCACGCCGGUGAAGCUCGGGGACAAAGAGUUCCAUUUGUUUAGAGAUGAAGACAUUUUGGGAACUUUACAUGAUUGAUCGAUUUAAUUCAACAGAGAUUAUGCUUUUGCUAGAACUCCAUUCUGGUACUUUUGAGUUAGGGUUCUUUCAUGUUGUAGCUUCUUAUUGAAUGCUAGAAUGAAGGAUAUGAUCAAUUAAUGGUUUGUUUUCCAUUUCGAUUAAUCUUAAUGGAAAUUCCUAA